GGUAGGUACCUAUAAAAUACCUAGCCCCACGUCGCUUAAGCCCACUGCAAGCCCCAUCCACCCCGCUGCUUCAGCCCUGUACUACCUAGGUACCUACCUAAGCUAUACCUAGGUAGCCUCCAACCUACUAUCAUCAAUCUAGAUUCUUGUUUAAGAACCUACACUUGGGAGCCUCACCCAUCUGGCACCUUCAUCCCACCUUUCCGGAUUCCCAUUUCUCACGACCAUACAUCAUGGAGAACGGCACUCAAGGCGAGGGAAAGGACCCCUCCAGCUUCCUCUCCGAGAUCAUCGGAAACGCUGUCACUGUGAAGCUCAAUUCUGGAGUGGUUUACAAAGGAGAGCUGCAGUCGGUCGAUGGAUACAUGAACAUUGCUCUGGAGAAGACCGAGGAAUACGUCAAUGGCGUCAAAAGAAGGACGUAUGGUGAUGCUUUUGUGAGAGGCAACAACGUCAUGUACAUCUCUGCCGAUUAAAAGCAAAGACCCAGAAGGAAAUGGGUUGUGGUCUACUCGCAGCUCUAUUGAUGAGACUCUAUAUGGUCAUCUAGAAGGGAGCAACCACCAAGCCCUAUCUAUACCCUUGGGUUGGCCUACCGUUUCGGGCGCGACUCGCUCUCUGCGUUGGGCUUGAUGGUAUAGAGGCAGUGACAACAUCCACCGAACUUGAUACGGCGGAGGUCGGAUGGGAUCAUUCAAAUGCAAAUGGACAUCCACCUUGGUGAUAUAUCAUUAACCUUAAGAAUCGCGAGAUAUCUAUCUAUAUUCUAUCGGUCCACGCGAAAUAAGUGACACCGUGGGCAGCAACCUCUCCCUUCUCAUUUCUUUCUACAUCUCCAUCUUUCAAGAUAUUCCUGAAUACCUUGACGGCCGCCUCCCUUUCCCUCCCUUUGAGGACGGCGAUUUGGCUAAGUGUAUUAAUCCGAGCCCAAAGCGCGUCUUCGCUUAACCACUUUGUCCAUUUGACACUGUUCUC